AUGCCCGAAAAACCCCUGAAUGUGCCAGGACCGACCAAAUUGAUUGGGAAUAUCACUACCUUCACCACAGCCCCUCCAACUACUACUGCGCCUGCAAAGAAAAACAUCUGGGAAGGUGUCCCAGUAGGCAUCAAGUCUAGCAGCAGCAGUGUCGACGCAACGGUAGAUAGCAACGAGGGGCGGUUUGACGCCAAAUCUCUCGAAACAGCAAGUACAUGGGCGACAGAUUGGUUUCUGAAACCAGCAAGAAAGGCAAAUGAGGUGAGGGAAGUAGCGAGGAAAUUGGAUGGGGCGAAUAUGGAUAACAAGGAUGGUGGUGAUCGUAAGCAGAAGUGA